CAACUGUGAGCCCGCCUUCCUCAACGUCCCACUCGGCGUCUGGUCUCCUAGCAACGACUCUAGACUCCUGGGAACUGCUCUUUUCUCCCCUUCCGCUAUCACCAUCUACCCCAGCUCCCCGGGGUUGUCCAGGCCGCUGGACUUCGUUCCAGUCCUACAAUCCUUCGUUCCAGGCCAGCAACUUUAUAUCAUGCCUGGAGCUAAGCUUGCCCAGGGUCCAGAGGAAGAAGGCGUGUGCAUUACUGAAGCCCUCAUCACUAAGCGGAACUUAGCCUUCCCUGAGGAUGAGACUUUGUCAGAGAAGAUGUUUCACACCCUUGCUGAACUGCAGACUGUCCGCCUGGACCGGGAGGGGAUUACCACUAUCAGGAACCUAGAAGGCCUCCAGAAUCUUCACAGUCUCUAUCUGCAAGCGAACAAGAUUCAGCGAAUUGAGAACCUGGCCUGUAUCCCCUCCUUGCGCUUCCUGUCUCUGGCAGGAAACCAAAUCAGGCAAGUGGAAAACCUCCAUGACCUCCCACACCUUCAGUUUCUGGACCUUUCUGAGAACCUGAUCGAAACACUGAAACUGGAUGAGUUCCCUGAGAGCCUUCUCAUCCUCAACUUGGCUGGAAACAGCUGCACCAACCAGGAGGGCUACAGGGAACGGGUGACAGAAGCCCUGCCCCUGCUCCUGGACCUGGACCUUCAGCCUGUGCUGGAGCGCUGGACCUCGGACGAGGAGGAUACAGCCCCAGAUGAUGAGGAUGAGUUCCCGGAGCUGAGUGGGCCAUUCUGCUCAGAGCGAGGCUUCCUCGAGGAGCUGGAGCAAGAGAUGAACAGGCACAAGGAGCACAGGCAGCGGGCAGCCCUGGCGGAGCACCUUCUGAGGCUGGAGACGCGGCCCGUGCUCACGGACCUCCCCCUGCUGCCCAGCGAGCCCCCGGCUGGGGACAGCAGCCCCCCUGUCCCUCCCAGGCACGGGGAAGGGUCGCGGCCUAAGCCUGCCCCUCUGCCACAAGCCUCCUCUACCACCAAGAAACCAUGCACUCUGGCUUCCAGGGGUCAGCAGAGCACUGUCCAGGCAAAGAAGGGGGCCGGAGCCGCUGCACCCCCACAGCCUCCCUGGCUGCGGCCCCACGCAGAACCGGCUCCGACCAGAAGGAUCAAGAAAUGAAAAGCGGCCCCAUCUUCCCGGUACCAGAAUGAGGAGUGGGGAAGACCAGGCGCCUUGCUGCCGCCACCUCAGAGCGCUCAUCGUGCCAGCUCCUGCCCCCAAUAAAGUGUCAGCACUGAC